AUGGUUUCGCACGCGGGUGUUAUCCUGACUUUGAUCAUGUCUCCUGCUGCCAUCCUGCUAGUCGUCUUCGCAUUCUUUCAAAAAGUGGGCGACGGACAACGCGUGCAGCUUCGGGUCUACGUUCCGCAGUCUCCCAAGGAACUCAGGGAGAAGUUGUGGAAGCGACUCCAGGCGAGCGCACACAUCGAGAAGGCCACAGCACUAGUCACCUGCACCAUUUGCCUCGAAGACAUUCUUCCAGGGCAACCUGUAAGGAGGCUUCGAUGUGGCCAUCUGUUCCACCCCGAUUGCAUAUGCCGCUGGUGUUGUCACAAGGGCGACUGGGCAGUGGCGUGCCCAAUGUGCAGAGACCGUGAGCCUUUAGACACAACGGCUUGUGCUGCAUGA